AUGGAACUGAGCUAUGAGAAAGUGGAAGCCUUCAUGAAGGUGAAAGUUCCGCAGGAAAUCGAAGAUGAAAUUCUCGCAACGUAUGCGGCGUUCAGUCUGGAGCAUGACAUGACACUGGAUGAGCUGGAGAAGUACUUUGAGCAGCUGGAGCUGCCGCGAGAGCUCACCAAGAUUAUUCCCAGAAAUGAACUGGUCAUAGAGGGGACCAACGUUGUGGACUUUGCCAAACUGCUUACAAGUACGUAUCAUCUGUUGAUCUUUAUGAACAACGAGAAGACUAUCUCGGAGAUGUGGUCGUUGCUAGUAGAGGGCUGCGGCAGAGACCGGGACUUUCCCCAGGUGCAGCUGAAAAAUCACGUCUUGAGUUUGAAGGAUCUGCAGAAGAUCAGGAACUACAUUGGCGUCGAGCAGUCCAGCGGGAUCGUCGAGAUGAUCAGUGUCGCCACGGAUGGCAGAAGAGUGUAUAUGACAUAUUUGGACUUCGCCUAUGUACUGGGUAAAUUGGGAUAUUUAAGGUUUUAG